AUGCCUCGUGAAACUCACGUCCAGAACGCAGAGGACAUCGUGCCGAGGACAGAUCGGACGACUCAACCGGGCUACAUAUCGGACGCUGAUAUAUUAGGACUGGAUCUUUACGUCAAGCCGCCUGAACCAGUUUACCGUCGCAUACAGCUGCCGAACUAUGCGGGUCCGGCAUUCUGGGCCGCAAUGACAAUGGUCGAUGCCUCAUCUAACUGGCCGCUAGUGUUAACAGGUGAAAACGUGAUCUUCGAUCCGACCGCGGUGUUGGAGCAGGCACCGCCAACGCCGGAAGUCGAAGAGCGGCGAACGGAAGUCCAAAUCCUGGUGGAACGCGACGACGACCCGGUCACGAGGCGUUGGUCUUCCGACAGGAACGUUUCGUGGAUUUCGGAAUCCGAAACUGGAAAAGCGGACACAAAGCCGCAAGGAAAGGCACGUCGCCGCACGCUCUGGCGCCGAACUGCUCCAACACCGCGGUCGGAUCGAAGAUCACGUUUUCACCUGUUAACACUAGCGGCCAGUUAG